UCAGGACACCAGUUAUUAUUUUGCGGCUCAUUCAAAGAAAACAAAACAACAAACUGCGGCAAAAUGGAGACAAAACAAGACGAAGUCGACGCUCAUCUUUUGAUUUCUUCAUCCGAAGAGUUUUUACAAAAUCAAAAAAGGGUUUUGAGUCAAAUUAAAGAUGAGAUAAAUGUCCUCCCAAAGAAAGUCAAGACAGAAUGCCAAGGAGAUGGAGAUAAUCUGCCUUCCGAUGUUAGGAUUGAGUGUCAGCAGGUGGUGGAUGAAUUCAAGAAAAAAAAGAUUGCUUUUGUGCAGCUCCUGAGUCGCAUUAAGCUGCUGGAUAACCUUGAGAAUGUACCUAAAGAUGAGUGGCCCUCACCAGCAUCGUGUGAUGAAGAAGCUAAAGAGGUCAGGAGUCAGCUCAAGGGAGCCAAGAGGUCCGCUGCUGAUCUUGAAGAAAAAGUCAAAGAAAUGAUUACAGCAACCGAGGAUAAAACACUCCAAGCCAAACUGGAAACUUUUGAGAGCAGACUUGAGCAAGUCCAAGAAGAGAUGGCCACCCUCCAGCAGGUUGUUGAAACUAGAAGUCAAUCACUGUCAGAGCUUGAGGGGAGUGACCUUAAUGUCCAGAAUUUCCAGCAGAGGUUUGAGAACGAGACUGCCGAGUUACGCCUAGCUGAAGAAACAUUGUCCAAUUAUCAACCACUGUUAUCACGCCUGAGGGAGGGAGUUGCAGACAUUCGAAGCCAAUGUCAGGAAACACAGGCAGAGACUGAACUAGCUAGGCAAGCUCUGUCUAACUUGAAAGCGAGCCAGCUGGAAAACCAACAGCAAGAACAGGACAAGAGAAAAUGGUGUGACUCAGCUUACCAAAACCUGGUUGAACUUACGGGCGUCUCAGAGCGAUCGCUCGGCAACGAUUCCUGGACAUUAGAGCUUAACACAGCAGGUUGUAGUUUAAGCGACAGAGAGGGCAUGAAGGCUGUACUGACGUUGCACUUUAAACCAGGCACUGCCGAAUGGGAACCUAAGACGCUGAGCUCAGCCACAAUUGAUAUUGAGACGCUGGACAUUUCAGAUCUUGUAGCAGAGGGAGUGAGAAAAAAUAACAUUGCUUUCUUAGUGUCUGCUGUGAUGAAGAAACUUAAAAAUCAUGCACCCCUAUUCAUGGAAGUGGAACAGCUCCGCCAUCAGUAUGCCAUCGACUGGCAGAGUGAAGAAGGCAUUCUUCGAGUCAUUUUAGGCGAUAGCGGGCACAUUGUCUGUACCCUCUCUGUGGCCACUGGACCCCUAGGGUUGACCCUCACCCAGCUGAAAUCAGUAGAGGGUGCUUCCAAACACCCACCCAUCGAGGAGUUGAAGCCACCUCAAGAAUCACCAAGGAUAUCGGAAUGGCUGGAGUACUUGAAAGAAGCUGUACACAACUUUUAGAACAAAUUGUUCACUUCAAGAAAAGGCAGUAUAUACAUUAGUCAAGAGUGACCUUGUGUAUGUCCGAGUCUAUUAUUUUGACGUUUUUUUUGGUCCUAUUCAAGCUAUAUUGUUAGAUAUCUUUAUAGCAGGGGUAUACUUUAAAAUACCCUGUUCAGGAUAUUUGGCACAGACUUCUGCAUUGUAUGUGAUCUUUAUAGCAGGGGUAUACUUUAAAAUACCCUGUUCAGGAUAUUUGGCACUGAGACUUCUGCAUUCUAUGUGAUCUAAAAAGCAGGGGUAUACUUUAAAAUACCCUGUUCAGGAUAUUUGGCACUGAAACUUCUGCAUUCUAUGUGAUCUAUAAAGCAGGGGGUAUACUUUAAAAUACCCUGUUCAGGAUAUUUGGCACUGAGACUUCUGCAUUCUAUGUGAUCUAUAAAGCAGGGGUAUACUUUAAAAUACCCUGUUCAGGAUAUUUGGCACUGAAACUUCUGCAUACUAUGUGAUCGUUAAAGCAGGCAGGGGUAUACUUUAAAAUACCCUGUUCAGGAUAUUUGGCACUGAGACUUCUGCAUUCUAUGUGAUCUAUAAAGCAGAGGUAUACUUUUACUCUGUUUGGGAUAUAAUACUUUUUUUGGCAGGGGGAAAUUUUUCCCUUGUUUUGAUAGACUGUUUAGUAGUAGGGGUUUUUACCCAGUUGGGAUAUACUUAUUUUGGCAGGGGGACUUUUGCCCUCUAUAGGAUCACAUGGUUUUGCUCCUCUAGUUCUGAUAUUUAGCUCUAUGGUUAUACUGUUAAUCUGGUAGAAGUAUACACGUAUGAAAUACUAUUAUAGACAACUUAUAAGAAUCUUAUAAGAAUCCUAAAAGAUUCUAAUAAGAAUAUUACAAGAAACUGUAUUGAACUACUAAAGAACAGUCUUACGCGAAUUGUAUUAAGAUUCUUAUAAGAUUAUAAGAACCUGUAUUGAACUGCUCAGAGCAGUCUUAUAAGAUUCUUACUAGAACCUUUUAUGAAUUUUACAUGUAAAGUAGUCAGAUCUUAUAAGAAAUAUACCAGGAUCUUAUGUUAUGUAUGAUACACAAGACUUAUGUACACUACACUGGGGUCAACAUAUGACUAACUCUAAAGUAUUCGAUGAACCCAAACCAUCCACUGAAACACAAAUCAGCGUUGCAUGAGACUAGCAGGGCACUCUUUCAGAAACAUUAAAAAAAACUGUCUCUUAGCUUUGCCCAGUUUCAUAGAGCUGCUUAAGCAGACAAUAUUGCUUAAAAAUAUUCUGCUUAGGAGACAUGAGUAAUAUACCAGUAACAAGUUUUACUUGUGCGAGCUUCCAACUGGUCUUUCUAAUUUGAUGAGGGAUAGACAAGAGUGGGCAAAUCUCAACAUGAUUCCGACCUCCGUCGGCUAUGAGAAAGAGACGGACGUUUUACCCAUUGGCUCAUUGAAGAUUACUGGUCACAUCACUAUAUCAACACAUGUAAAGUCACAUCACUAUAUCAACACAUGUAAAUAAUAUAGAAGUCUUUUUUCAAAGGGUCAACUGUGUAUAAAUUAAAGUGUGUACAAAUGAAAUUAACUAGCAUAUCGAUCCACAUCAGGUUUAUUUCAGCAUUUAGCUUUUAAAAGUUUGUAACUAAAGAGAAUCAUUUGACUGUCUUCUUAAUAUCUUUGAAAAUAAACC